AUGUCGUUGAUUGCAUCUGGUGGUGGUUCAUUUUCAAAUAUGAAUUCUUCUUUCCCUCAACCAACAAAUCCUACAUCUAAUGAUAUAUCUCUUCCAAGUUAUGAUACAAACGAUCCGCGAGUAAUACUUAAAACAUUAAUUCGUUUUAUAAUGCGUGCAUUCUAUGAAGUUCCAAAAUCUCUUGUCAUUGAAUAUAUUUAUCAUUACGAACGAAUAAAACAGCAAGAUCUAGCUGAUCUUUUAUGUUUAGAUCCUAAAUUAAUUCGUUCAUUUAUUCAAGAAUUUAAACGUGAUAAAUUUAUUAUAGAAGAUCAUUGUCCUGAAUCUAAUGAUGAUACAACCAGUCGAGGUAUUCAAGAUCAAUAUUAUUAUAAAAUUGAUACAGCAACAUUUAUUAAUGUUGUUCGAUAUCGUUUAAUACAUAUGCAAAUGCAUGUAGAAAAUCUUGAACGAGAACAAACAAAUAAGCAAUUAAAUUAUAAAUGUGAAAAAUGUGCAAAAGAAUAUACAGAUUUAGAUAUUGGAAAAUUAUAUGAUUUAACACAAGAUACAUUAAUAUGUUUAAGAUGUGGUGGUGUUGUACAUGAAGAUUUUGAAACAAAUCGACAAACAGUUAAUGUAAGAUUAUUUAAUGAACAAAUGAAACCAAUAUAUACAAUACUUAAACAAACUGAUGAAAUUAUGGAAAAUUCUUCCGAUCAAAAUUUUUUUCAACAAAAUAGAAAUUCUUCUUUAACAUCAUCAAAUUAUUCUGCUAAUAAUGAAGGAACAUCAGCUACUACUCAUCGUUCGCAUGCAUCCAAUAUAUUUGAUCGUACAACUGCAAUUAGUCAUGAAAUACAAAUUGUUAUUGAAAAAGAUGAUGAUCAUCGGUAA